UGCUUGCGACAAUUUGUCGUCUUUGUGACAGGUACUGGCGUUUUUCGACGGUUGAUUUGCUAAUAGCCUUUAGGCUUUAGGCUUUAUCCUUUCUAUCUUCUCCAAGAGCUUCUCCAAACUUCAUGUUCAAACUUGUCAGCUUAUGAAUCAAGGCUUAAAGUUAGCUACGUUUUCCCUCAAUAUCCUGUCGUCAGACAUGCCCCUUUCUGGAUCAAGUGAACCUGGUUCGAAGGUUUCGGACCCCCAACAUUCCCAGAAACUCCUCAGGGUCCUUCGAGUCUUCUGGCAGGAGCAAAGUUUCCACGAUGCAGUGCUGGUGGUUGAUGGAGAGGAGCUCCCGGUCCAGAAAAACAUCCUGGCUGCUGCCAGCCCAUAUGUCAGGACCAAGCUGAACUACAAUCCUCCAAAGGAAGAUGGGUCUACAUACAGAAUUGAGCUGCAGGGGGUCUCCAUGUCCAUAAUGAAACAGAUCUUGGACUACAUCUUCAGUGGUGAAAUCACUUUAAGUGAAGAAACCAUUCAGGACAUGGUGCAGGCGUCCGAUCUGCUCCUCAUGAUAGACCUCAAGUCUCUGUGCUGCCAGUUCUUAGAGAGCUGCAUCACUGCAGAGAACUGCAUCGGCAUCCGCCUCUUCUCUCUGCACUAUUGCCUCUACCACGUACACUACGCUGCCACCGAGUUCCUGCAGACACAUUUUGGUGAUGUGGCGCACACUGAGGAGUUCAGGGAGCUGCCUCCGAACCGGCUCUGCGAGGUGCUGGCCAUGGAGAAGCUGAAUGUGGGCAACGAGAAGCACGUGCUGGAGGCUGUGGUGCGAUGGUUGGCUCAUGACCCAGAGGAUCGCAAGGUCCACAUGAAGGAAGUGAUGUCGGCAGUGUGGCUGCAGGGCCUGGACGUGAGCUACCUGAGGGAGCAGACCAUGGGGGAGCCUCUAAUGCGGGAGGUGAUCCGAGAUUACUGUCAGUCAGUGCUGAGCGAUGGUCAGCUGCAGGGGGAGGCUCUGCUUGCGGCCUUCAAACCCAGAGGUUACUCAGAGUGUAUUGUUAUUGCUGGAGGAGAGGAUCGCAAAAACAAGAAGCCGACUGCAGUGACACGCUGCAUGUGUCCACUCUACGAUACCAACAGACAGUCCUGGAUUGAGCUGCAGCCAAUGAGUGUUGCUCGCAUCUGCCAUGGGGUGGUCGCUGCUGAGGGUUUUCUGUUUGUGAUUGGUGGGGUAGAUGAACACAACACAGUUCUGGACAGUGGAGAGAAAUAUGACCCUGAAAACAACACAUGGAGCCCGAUAUUACCCAUGCUUCAGGCUCGUCAGAACUUCGGUGUGGUGGAGCUGGACGGUCUGAUCUACGUUCUGGGAGGAGAAAAUGAAGAGACAGAGCUGACCACUGUCGAAGUGUUUGACCCUCACAGCAACACCUGGAAACUGACGACAAGUAUGACCAUGAUCCGCAAGGUGGGCUGCUACGCAACCAUGAAUAAGAAGAUCUAUGCCAUGGGAGGAGGCUCCUACGGGAAACUGUUUGAUUCAGUCGAAUGUUUUGAUCCCAAAACGCAGCAAUGGACAGGCCUCUGUCCUCUGAAAGAGAGAAGGUUCGGUUCAGUGGCAUGUGGUGUUGGUCAGGAGCUCUAUGUGUUUGGUGGAGUAAGAAGCCAAGAGAACGAAAACGCCGAGCAAAGACAGAUGAUGACCUGCAAGUCUGAGUUCUACCAUGACGAGAUGAGGAGGUGGAUGUUCCUGGAUGACCAGAGUUUGUGCAUUCAUACCAGCUCAUCCUUUGUUUACGGUGCUGUGCCCAUUGGAGCCAGUAUCUAUGUGGUGGGAGACCUGGAUACAGGAACAACCUUUGACUACAUUCGCGAGUUUCGGCGCAGCACCGGGACGUGGUAUCGCACUAGGCCCAUGUUACCCACUGAUCUCUCCAAAACAUCCUGCGCCGCCCUGCGCCUUGCUAACUGUCGCCUGUUCCGCCUUCAGCUGAGCCAGGGCAUGUUCAGGAUCAGACUAUGACUUGAACCCUAGCCAGGCCCGGUAUCACUCUGUACUCCUUCACUUUGCACACUGGUUGUUGUGUCUACCAGCUGCCUGGGUUUAGAGAUUAGAUGAACACUAAAGCAUUGUAGGUGUUAGACUGUUCAGAUUAAGAGCGUCUGUUUACAGUUAACGCUCAAGACGGAAACACAGUUUAUCUAAACAUGUUUUUAACAUUAUGAGUUUUAACAGGAGUUUUUUAAUAUAAAACUUAAUUUUUUUUUUUUUUAUUUAAAAAGAAAAAAAAAACGUUUUUUCCUUUCGUUUUAUUGACAUUUAUUUUUAAUAUGUACUGAUGAUCAAUGGCUUUAUGAGGGAUUUAAGACUUGAUAACUACAACAUUAUCACAUGAGGGAUUAUGACGAACACUGCAGAGGAUCUACUGUGUUGUAUUUUUGCUGUUCAGGAUGUAUUGUAGAGGUGAACUCUUCAUUUUUAUGUCCAAAAUUAGACCAACUGUUCACACUUGAGUGGAGGUGAAGAGAAAUGUUUAAGUUGCAUUAAUCCUCUGUGAGAAGAGGGACUUUGGUUAAGUCCCUAAGAAUCAGAGAGCAAGGGGAUAAGUCACAACUUUAAAAUGAAGAGAAAUGGUCUUUACAAGAAACAUACAAUACCUCUUUUCUUUACUGCUACUCUCUUUGGUUACUGACCAGGCAAUGCAUCUACAAAUGAAGGGAAAAGCUCACACACUGCACAGUAGCACUGAUCUUAGUGGAUUGCCCUCCAUACUGUGCACAUGGAUAUAUUUACACCAUAGGCACAGUCUGCAUCUGCUUAUCCAGUACAGAGUUUCAGCUGAAAUCUUAAACAACUGUCAUCCACCUGUGUCUACAAGAAGCCAUGCAAUGAGCUCUGUCAGUGCGUUUAAUUUGGAGCUUAUUGCAAAACAGAUGAAGUUACAUCAGCUGCCUUAUUCCAUAUCACUUCAUGUGGAGUUCUGUUUGGUAGGUUUGAAGGUAUUGAGCAUAUAAGCAGUGGCUUUGAGAAAAAUGUGUCUUCAAUUUUUGACUAUCUGAAAUUUGUGCAGACAUUCGAGAGUGUCCUGUAAAGAGAAAAAAAAUCAGUCAUAUCAGCAAACGUCAACAAUCAGUUUUAUUGAAAGUAUCAUAGAAAGGACUCUGUGUCUGUAGGAAUUAUUCCUCUUGUUAUAUGUGAGCAAAGAGGCUUAAAGGCGUAAUGUUUUGAUGAAAGCACAAAGUCUACCGAGGUAAGAAGAUGGUGGAUUUAUAGCUCAACAAAACACCAGACUUUAACUCUUUAAGCUGCCUCCCUGAAACAGGCUGUGGAUUUAUGAUUGUAAGCAGUGCUUAAAGAAAGUCAUUCUAAAUUAAAGCUUCACUGUCCCUCGCUCUAAGUUACUGAACUAUGAAACUUAACUAGACAUCAGAUAAGAAAACAUUAAGAUAGAUGAUGUGGUUCAGCUGACAGGGGCAGCACAUGAAACACCUACAUGUGUUGAUUCAGAGGGUGAUCAAAAUAGAAUUUAUUAUUAGUGUUAACGACUUGUCUUGUUUUGGUUUUGGUUGCCAGAGCUCUCAUUUUGACUGCAUGUCUGUGGAUGUUUGACUAUAUUUUUUCUCACAUUUAUUGCUGCAGUCAUAGACGGAUUAGAAUCACACCAAGUGGAAGGAUGUACAAAGUCCCAUCAUGGUCACAUUAUACCUCUGUUUAGCCCAUGUUUGUUCCUUCUCCCUCUUAGCUAUGCAAGAAAAUAAUGACAGAAAGUGUAGAAAGCAAGUAACUCAAGUAGUAGAAGAUAAAAGUAACAUCAAACUAAAUAACAAUUUUCCCUGAAUGCAUCAUAUUAAGUGAAUGUUUGCACACUUGGCCACAAGCGCUUUACACGAUAGUCACUUUUUGUCACUGGCCGAGCUGUGCAGGCUCAGCCUGGUCAGAAAUAGACCUCUAUGUGAGUGUCACUCUAAAGUUGCAGGAUGUGUUUGCUGCCUCUGUGACCUCUGACCUGGCUUUCCAGUCAGAACACUUUUGGCAUCUCCUGACCCCGUUUGUUCUAUGUGAGUUACAGCUGCUGCUGUCUGUCCUCUGCUCAGGGCAGUAGCCGCACAGCAGACACAUACUCAGUCUCACUCUUGUCAUGCAUCUUAAACACGUCAAAACACUGAGGGGGCUCAAAGUGAGGUAUGAACAGUAAUCUUGAAACACUUAAACUUGAGAUAAUCCUACAAUUUUGAUAAAAUGCUGUGUGAUUUCAUUUUCUUGUGCCUCAAACUAGAAAAAGAAAUGCAUUAGAAGCAGUUGGACUCUGUAAUAUGUCACGUCUCAUAACUAUGGAGGCAAGAAAGCUUGAGACAUACAAUCACACAGUUUGGGGUUUUAAUCUGAGCAAACAGAACAAAAAAACAAGAAAAGACAGAGGGUUUUAUAACUUGAAACAGAAACAGUGUCAUGUUGUACAAGCUGAACUGAAGGUUGAUCCUCAGUUUAAACGUUAAGUCAACCUUGACUUAAACAUUGUGACUGCUUGAUUCAACAAUAGACAUUUAACAUUCACAUACACUGUUUCCACUCAGUCUACAUCUGUUCUUUCAUCCAACAACAUCUCAUUAGUUCAUCAAAGAUCAAUUAUUGACUGUUGGACCGAGAUGAACUUAUUUUAAAGUGAAAACAGACAAUUAUGAUCAUUCAUCAGUGGAAACCACUAAUCUUUCAUACUUUUAAAAUGUUUUUUGCUGAAGUGAGCUCCUUAAAGAUGAAAGGGAAUUCCAUUAUUUUCAGACAUGGAUCAGAAUGACUAAUAGAUACAAAGAGUUUUGUUAUUACACAAGUAGACUGCUUAUGCUAGCGGUCAUAAGUCUGUUUGUAAUGGCUAUAACUUAUGACAGACAACAAAGGGCCCGAUCAAAGUGCGUUCACAAAAAGUGCUUAUAUACUUUCCCCCCAAAAUGAUUUCCUUUUUUAACUGGAACCAGCUGUUAAAUUUCCCUCUUCAAAUUCAUCGUACUACAUUACAAAGACAGUUCUUUUACCUCCCAAAAUCUGGGAGUUGCUGUUCUUCUGCUGCCUUUAUUGAUCAAUCCAUAAGCAUGAAGAGUCCCUGAUGUAUGUCUUGUUUGAUAUGAUCCAAGUCUUGUCUCCUGAGGCUCCUGAAAGCUUGCCCAAAUGAGUGGAAGUCGCCCCUCAGUUGUGAUUUCAGGCCUUUUGCUGAGGUUUUCUAGCCCUGAGCAGAUCUCUGCUCCACAGCUAGCUUGACCUGUUUAGUCGUGGCAGCAAUCAUCGUCUGAUUCAGGUGUGACAGGUGUGUCUUUUAUUUUGCCUUUCUCUGUAUUUUUUGGAGUUCUUACUCCAAGACUUCUGACCUUUCUGCCUUUUGUCCCCACUUAUUUCAGCAAUUUUGUUAUUUUAUCCUUUAAAUGUUGACUUAAUUGGUUUUCCAGGUCAGAUGACGCCCUACAACCUAAUUUUUCAUUGUCUGAACAGAAGCCCAAUCAAUUAGUUAUUUAGAUCCAAAUAAAUAAAAGGGAGAUGUAUAUUAUAUUAUAUUAUAUUUGUUGCCUACUAGUGCUCUUUAAAAGCAGAAAGUGAAAGUAGCACUCAAAUCCUUUAAGUUAUUGAGAAUAACUGUAAAACACAAUGACAGGCAUGUGAGCUGUCAUGAGUCUGAAGAGAUGUGAUCAGUGACAGGAAACAUCUUCACAGUAUGACUGUGGGGAAAAAAAUUCUACUGGUUGUUUCGAUACUAAAGCCCAGUUUCUGUCCGUCAUAUAACUAGUGUAAUACUGACUCCAACUGAGCUGAUACAACAGGUCAACUCAAGCUUUUUCUUUAAUGCUGUACAAAUAGCUGAAACAGGCUUUAUGUGGAUAAUGAUAAACUAAGUGAUCUUUAUGUGUACAGUAUUAUAAAUAUAUGUAAAAGUCAUCAUAGCUGCAGCCACACUCAAAUCAUUUCCUAUACACUGCGUUCAAAAUGUGAUGACUCACAGGCUGAAAUAUAGGAUUUCCUGAAGUCUUACAAGGCCACAGAACUGAUCAGCUGAGAGCUGACUGUGAAUAACGUGCUUCCUUAUUUCUGCACAGAAACUUAACAUUCCAUUGCAUCGCAUCAUUUACAGUAAAUACUACAGUAAGUUUCUGAGCCGCUUGGUAUUGUAAACAACAUUAGCUCUUACGUGUAAACAUCUCAUGACCGUCUGUGUUGUGAUUGGUAGAAUCAGAGGAAAUACUUAGAAGGGAAAAAUACAAAGCGUCUAACUGAAAGUAACCAUUAAGCUUUUACCAAAGUUGUGACAGAAGGGGAUUCAAACUACAUUUCAGUUUGUACUUUUCAUACUGAUGCAUGAGGAAGUUUUGUAACAUGUUGCCCAUAAGUGUCAUUCAUUUACGUCAAAUGAAUUAAAACACCAAAAUGGUCAA